GCUCUGCCUCUCAUCAUCGCGAACCCCUAGCUGUCCUCCGGCGAGUAGCGCGCCCCCAUCCGAGAACCCCCUUCCACACCACUCCCAGCUCCAAUUUAGUUCUUCAUCUUGUUAUCUGCUUCUACUGCUCCGGGAAAAAAACCAAUCUUUUUCUACUGAUCCGGGAAAGAUUUAAUCUUUUUCUAGUGAUCCGGGAAAGAAGCAAUCUUAUUCAUAUUCAGAAGAUUCACUCAUGUCGGAAUCGGCCUGUGAUGAACAAUCAAUGGUAAAACUUCAGGCUAGUUCUGCACCAAUGGGACAAAGGGAGGCAAUGCUUUCUGCUUAUCAUAGAGAUAAUGAUGAAGGUGAAGAGGGUGCAACCGUAGAUAAUAUGGAUCCUUCCCGCCCUUUUCUAGUUAUCGAGAAAUUAGAUUUGCAAACGUUGAAAGAGUGGAAUCGUUUAAGAUCUGCUUGGGUCGCCAAGUCCUUACUCGCCAUCGCCAAGUCCUUACCAAAUGAAAUAACCAUCCCAGACCCUACCCCAAAGUGGGUGCAUGAUGCCUUCUGUGAUAUACGUCACCGCUUGGGGUCCGUCUUGAAGAAGGACAGUGUCCGGAGCUUCCUCCGAUUUUUCCUGAACUCCAAGUGCAGCUUGCAUUGGAAUCUUAGCAUCACCUCAGAAACCUUAACCUUCAUGAUCAGUUAUAAUGCCCUGCGGUGUGCGAAAGUUGUAUUGGAGGGCAAGGCACCUGAGCUCAAUUGUAUGCGCGCCAAUCCCAACUGCAUGAACCCAUUUGGAUACUUCCCCAUUCAUGAAGCUGCUGAAAGGUUCUCUGUUGACAUGAUCAAGUUGCUCUUCCACCAUGGUGCAUCAGCCAAUGUACGCACAGUCGGCAAGAGAGUUAUUGAAGGCCUACUCCCUCUUCAUGUUGCAGUUGAGAACGCUUGCCUGCACAAGUAUCUGGAGGAGAAUCUAUUUCCUAUCCAGGAUCAUCAGGAUUAUAUCUACAAGCUCAUCCAUCUGCUGUGCCUACCUGAGAUGAAGAUCUUUUUGGAUACGACUAGACUGAUUGCCGCGGAAACAGAUAAUCUAGUUGAUGAGAUCUGGAAUUACAUGAAGGACGGAAAGCUUCUACAGGCUGCAGUUAUACUCCUUGCAGCUCAAGGGCAGAUCCGUGGGGGCUUUUUCUCUGAGAGCAACAUCAAUGGCAAUCAGCAAAAUGGGUUCAAUGUUAUCAUGCAUCGUAUAGUGAUUCACUUUGUUGACGGGAAAUGGGUGAAAGAUGAAAAUGGAAAGGCACAGGAGCAUCUGGACGAGAUGAGAUUACUUAGUGAUUGUGCAUUUCUGCUUGUUGAUUUAAUUUCCCAAGCUGGUGAAGAUCUUGAUUCGUACAUUCAGAAACAUUCAGAGGUGCCCCAUGCGGAGGUCCUCAAACGGGUUUCAUCUAUUCUUAUGGAUCGUGGGUUUUGCCCUACUGGAGAAAGCAUUGAAGUUGAAAACCUCCGCCCUUACGACUGCAAAAUUGCUGACAGAGAGUUUCAUGACAAAGUUACAGGAACGGCUCAUCUGCAUGCUGUCGAGGGAAAGGCUGUUAGAAAGAAACUACCUACAGGAUAUGAUCCAACAUACGAAAGGAGAAGUUAUUUCCCAUACUGGAGAUCAGUGUUAGCAUCCCGACGCCUUGUGAGGGUGUAUCCAUCCUAUGCAGCAGGUGAAAGGUCUGUGUUUGAUGUUGAACAGCUCCGUUUUCGCUCUAGUAAUCCAAUGGGCAAAAUUUAUUCUCCAACAAAUCAUAAUCUUGGUUUGUUGGAAAGAAUCCGGCAACUAAAAAGUAAUCCUCAAUCAAUAAGGUGCUUUGGUACUGCUGCAUUGACGCUCUUGAGUAGAAAGGUGCCUGGUGGCAAGCGGUGCUGCUGAUAACCAUAUUCUUAGUGUCAUGCUUGUAUUAAUCAGGGUUGAACCUUGUAUUCAGCUUGAACCUUUAAAGGUAACUGUGGUGUGAGACCUGGACCCAGACAUACGUGGUGCUAAAGAUGUAAAAUGCA